AUGGUAAAUGACCGAUGGGGAACCAUGAACAGCUCUUCUGAACUCGAAGAUGGGACUCGGCAUAAAAACCAGACGUUCUGUGAGUGUGUACCCAGCUCCUCCCAGCUCAAACAUCGCUGGUCAGACUCAGAAACUGCCAGGGAGACCCCGGCCAAGAGGAUGAGCUGCAGCUACCUGCUCUGCACUAUCCUGCUCUUCGUGGCCGUCUUGCUGGCUGUUACCGUCACCGGCACCAUCCUUUUUAUGAAUCACUACCAGGCCCCGCCUAUGUCCGACGGCCUUCCCCACAUCUCUACCAAUCAAGAUGAAGCUAACGCCCUGGUCACCGUUGAGAGAGGAGAUGGCUCUCGCAUCAACAUCUUCAUUGACCCAAACUGUCCCGACUAUAACAGUAACUUUUUGCGGCUGGAGGGUGUGCAGACUUCACUGCUCCACUCGCUAACCGACCACGACUCUGACCUGAAGUCAGUGAAAGGCCAGGAUCGAGCUCUGCUUGUCAGUCUGGCCGAGGAGGUGGCCAAGCUGUCAGCUCAUGCAGGGCAACUGAAAAUGGACUAUGAGUCCCUACGCAGGGGGCAAGGCAGCCUGGGGCAAGACCUUAACACACUGCAGACUGAGCAGGGACGUCUCAUACAGCUGCUGUCAGACAGCCAGAUCAACAUGGUGAAGGUAGUGAACUCAGUGAGUGAUGCUCUUAAUGCCAUGCAGAAGGAGAAUGUGGGCCUGAAGGCGCGUGUCAAGGCCGACUUGCAGAGGGCACCAGUCAGAGGGGCCCGUUUCAAGGGCUGCUCCAAUGGCUCACGUCCCCGUGACUGCGGUGAUCUGUACGCCAGUGGUCAGAGAGAGGAUGGCAUCUACUCUGUGUUUCCUGUGCACCACCCCGCAGGCUUCCAGGUCUACUGUGACAUGACCACAGAUGGAGGAGGCUGGACAGUGAUCCAGCGCAGGGAGGACGGCUCGGUCAACUUCUUCAGGGGAUGGGAGUCCUAUCGGGAGGGAUUUGGCAAGAUCACGGGUGAACACUGGCUUGGCCUGAAGCAGAUCCAUGCCCUGUCCAUCCAGGGGAACUAUGAGCUACGUAUCGACUUGGAGGACUUUGAAAAUAGCACUGCUUACGCCCAGUAUGGUACCUUUGGAGUGGGCCUCUUUUCAGUGGACCCUGAUGAUGAUGGAUACCCUUUGACUGUAGGAGACUAUUCUGGCAAUGCAGGUGACUCUCUACUGAAGCACAACGGGAUGAAAUUCACCACCAAAGACCGGGAUAACGACCACUCGGAGAAUAACUGCGCCUCCUUCUACCACGGUGCCUGGUGGUACCGCAACUGCCACACCUCUAACCUUAACGGCCAAUACCUGCGUGGUCAGCACACCUCCUAUGCCGACGGCAUCGAGUGGUCCUCCUGGACUGGCUGGCAAUACUCACUCAAGUUCUCUGAGAUGAAGAUACGGCCAACCCGUGAUCCUGAGAAUAAAUGA